AAAAUUAUUUACAAAGCAUUUACUGUGAACUGUUCGAGAAAAGUGUAUAGAAAUGGCCACCUCAGCUCUGCCAGUGGCUUCCAGCUCCUCCAACUCACCGGCUUCCAUACAAAAUCCACAAUUGAAACGUGUUGUCUAUUCCAAAUAUCGGGAAUUACUUGGUUCAUAUAAUGAUAAGGCAAAUGCCAUUAUUGAUACAUUGCCCGCCUAUUUAGUGCGUCAGGAUCAUGGAUUUCAGUUGACUGAAUUGCCAGUGAAUGGCAACACCAACAAACAAAGCGAGGAAACAAAUUAUGGUCAACGCGGUGGAGGAGGAGGAGCAGGAGGUGGUGGCUAUGAGGCGCCAGCCUGUGUGCAGAAUGCCAUGAUGACAAAAGACAAGAAACCAUUCACAUAUACACCAGGUGGCAUAGAUCUCUCUCAGAUACGUUCGGAGCGUAUGGCCAAACGUUUGGCUCGCAAUGCCCAAUCGGAGGGAGCCACUGGAGCAUCGCAACAGAAUAGACCAGCUCAGCCGCAGUCACCAAAUGGUGGCUCACCUGGAUCUGGAGCAGCCAGCUCAAUGGGAGCUGCUGCCAUGGGUAUGCCCUUUCAGGUGCUACCACCGCCGCCGCCGCCACCACAACCGGGUAAGAAUGGCAAUCAAUUUGCCCCAGCUGCACCCCCACCACCACCACCCCAACAACAACAAAGCACAUUAGCACCACCCGGUCGUCUUAGUGCACCAGGUUCGCCGGCAACGGCUCGUAAAUCACCAACACCACAACGUUUUGAGCCGCCACCAUUGGGAUUCCGGCCAGAGAUUAAGAUACCACCAAAUCCGAUGGCAGCUCUAAAGAAAGUUCCACCGCCCGUGGAGAAGAACACAUUCUGGAAGGAUGAAUAUUGCAAAGAGCGUUCCAAGAGUCCAUUGCCAGAAACAGCAGCAGUUGCAGCUGCUCCAAUUACUCAGCCAAGUCAGAAUGGAGACUAUACCGAUAGCGUUGAUGGCUAUAAACCUCAAGCAAUUGGUAAUAGCAACUAUAGUCCAGUUGCCCCCAAAUCGCCGACAAUGCAGCAGCAACAACUACAUCAACUACAGCAACAGUUGCAGCAACAACAUCUGUCGCAGCAGGUGCCCACGCCGCCACCAACUCCACCCCAACAACAACAACAGCAGCAACAACAACGACAAGAGUUCCGCAGUGUGCCCAUGCCACAAUCGCCGGCUGUCAAUGUUUAUACACAGAGACAGACAGAGAGUCCACGUUCACCCUUUGAACAGCAACAACGAUCCACUGAGAGUCCUUUCCGUUUGGCACAACAGCAGCAACAACAGCAACAAUCACCACAACAGCAGCAGCAACAACAAUAUCCACCUUUGGCAAUUUCUCCAUUGGCUCAGCAACAGCCAACAGCUCAGCAAUCAGCACAAUCUGUACCCUGGCGUACACAACGUUCUCAGCCUGUGGUUUCACCACAGCCCCAGCAACAGCAGCAGCAGCAACAACAACAGCAGCUAUCACAUCCACAACCCAUUUACAACAAUGUGCAACAACAGCAGCAACAGCAACAACAACAACGAUCUCGCGAUGUAUUCAGCCCAGUCAGAAAUGACACAACAGCAACAGCAAUCAAUAACCAGCAGCAACAGAAUUAUGGCACUCAACAAACACCAUAUUCAGGAGCAGGAAAACCGACCAACGUUGGUUCUCUUUACAUUGCUCCUUUGGCUCAGCCCACAGAGCCACAAGCCCAGCGUAUUCUGCUUCAGCAGCAGCAGCAGACUGCAGCCCGGGAUUCGCCUAUGAGGCAAUUGCCCCAACAGCAGCAAUCAGCUGGCCAACCUUUGCGUUGGCUUAGCUCCCAGCCGGGAGUUAAGGAGCAGGCACCUUGGGCCCAAGCUCGAGCUGAAGAGAAUGGCAACGUUUUGCCAUCAACAUUAAGACAGACGACUCCGGCGCCAACAUCAGCACCACCAGCACAGCCACAAGUUGCACCACAAGCGCCACAGCAACCACAGCAAACAUCUUUCUAUCAACCACAAUUGAUUCAAGGCAAUGGAUUUGGUCCACAACCAACAAUUCAACAGCAGAACUUUGGCUCAAAUACUCAGCCAGGUGGUUUGCGUUUGCAAAUUAAUUUGAAUACGAAUAGUAACAGCACCAGCAACAACAAUAAUCAAAGUGGACCAAGGGAGCGCAUUAUACCCAUUACUUUGGAGCAGACACCAACAUAUGCAGCUGCCCAACCGAAUUUCGGUGGUUACAACAAUUAUCCAGCUUCCGGAAUGGUUCAAGGACAAAGGGUUAUGUCACCGCAACUCCAGACGAAUGGCAACUCUACACGAAUUGUGCCCAUCUCUAUUGAGGGUGGACGAUCCGGACCUGUAUCCCAAUCGCCAGUAGUUUUGCAAAACGAUCCACGAUCACCGCCCAUACAAUCGAAAUCGUUUAGAAUUUUGCAAAAAAUAACCGAUACCGUGGACGAUGGCAACGACGAUGAAUCCUUUGCACAGCAAACUCCCAUCGAGCAGCCGGCCCAAUUGCAGAGGCCACAAUAUGCUCGUCAGAUGAGUGCUCAGCAGGCAAGAAAUAGUCCAACUAUAGAACAAAUGAGACGAUUGCAAAUUGGUCAGGAUCAACAGCAACAGCAGCAGCAACAACAACAAUUGGGUACGCCUUUAGCUUGGUCGCCGCAAGGUAAUGGCAUCUCAGCACAGAAUCGCUUUACACAACAACAACAACAACAGCAGCGUUUUGAUGGACCCCCACAACAACAACAACAAUAUAUACCACCUAGUGAACAACAAGCUCCGGAACCUAAAAAAUAUACGGGUAGCGCUAUACCUAGUCGAUCAUUUAAAAUUCUACAGGCUAUGACAACACCAGAAAAUGCCGAACAUAAAAUUCACACCGAGCUGGACUCGGAUUUGGAAAAUGUUGAAUUGAACGAAAACCCAAAUAAUAAUAAUAAUAAUAAUAAUCAUAACAACAACAAGAAAUAUAAUAAUGAGAGUAAUAAUAAUAAUAAUAACAAAGAGAUUAACCAUGACUCAUCCUCAGAUACCAUACAUUCAUCCAAUUCCUCGCUUAGUUCAGAUAGUAAUUCGUGUCCACCCCGUUCGCAAUCAGUGCCACCUCAUUAUCCCUAUGCCUAUGGCUAUCCACCAUAUCCUUGGUAUAUGCCACCCCCACCUCAGGGUAAUGGCAGCGAAAUGCCACAUCAUUGGCCAUAUCCAUAUGCCUAUCCACCGCCUCCUGUUCAUUCAGCGGAUGGAAAGUCUGUGGACGGAAAUUAUCCACCGCCCUAUGCCUAUUAUUAUCCCUAUCCGUAUCCUCCACCACCGCCGCCGGCACAACUUAAGCCAGGGGAAACACCCAAUUAUGCACAGUUUAUGCCACCCUAUGGACCAUAUCCUUAUCCUGUAGCUCCGAGCUAUAGCCAGAGCUCGACGGAGGAGAGUCGAGCGAGCAGCGUCUUGCCGGAUAUUAUUAUAACACCGAGUACCGAUGAUGUGCCCUCUCAGGUUAUAAUGCAACAUCACAUCAAGGUGGAGCCUCGAGAGCCACCUAAGCGGGCGCACUCCGUUGAGAUUGAAGAGAUUGUUAGCAGACCCAAAACCCGCAACAUUGUCUGCACCAACAAUCACGAGGUGAUCGAUGUGUUGAGUCAGCGUUUGGCCAAUAUUAACAAGAUAUCCAGUGGGAAUACUCAAGCGAAUUUGUCCAAGCAAUUGCAAAAAAAUUAUGCUGGUGAGCAGAGUAAAGAGCUCGAGGUUCGAUCUCCCAGUGAGAAUGCCUCAGAGGAAGAUAGCAAUGAUGAGGAUGAAGAUCAGGAUGACGAUGAGGAUGAUACACCGAAACACAACCCAUUGCAGGCAAUUAAAUCGGUGGCAAAUGUUCAAGUUUAUAGACUCGAAUCAGAUGACGAUGAUGACGACGAUGUCACGACAGCCGAGGAAAUGUCCGAUGAAGAAGAGGAAGUCGAAGAGGAAAUCGAAGAGGAUUAUCUAGUGGAAGAAGAUCUAAGUGUCAUCUAUGAGGAAGAAAGUGAACUGGAACGCAGCAGUAGCGACUAUGCCAAGACGGUGAUUAGAAAAGAUGGUUCAAGAUCAACCAUAGCAGAUCUCGAAGUAGAGAAACAAAUUGAAGAGCACGACAGAGAUGACGACGAUGAUGAAGAGUCGACUUCAGUCACCGUUCGUUUGCCAUUGCGUUUCUCCUUCAGUCGCAGUUCGAAUGAUGAGAAUGUAGCCACAGUUGAGGUGGGUAAUACAACCACAGACGUCGAAGAGAAACGCAACUCGUUCAGUGUGGCCAAAAUAGAGAGUGACGAUGAGGAGGAUAAUGACUGUGAAAUUAGUGUAACCAUUAGCCUCAGCAAUUCAUCGCGCUCAAAUUCGGUGGAAAAGAAGAAUUCAAAACCCUUUGCCGCAGAGGAAGUCCCGGAAGAUGUUUCUGCUACGUUCUCCUUUGGAAAGCCUAAUAUAGAACCCAUCAAAGAGAUUGCCGAUACCACAGCUUCGCCGCCAAAAGAAGAAUUUGAUUUCUUUGCCACUUUGAUGGCCACCAAAAUGCAAGCGCAAAAGAUGAUGGAACAAUCCAAGAACUUUUGGAAAACCCCCGAAACAAAACCCAUGGAAUCAACGAUUGAAGUAAAACCCAGAAUUAAGGAGGAGGCAAAGGAAACUAAGCCAGUUAGACCGAUUUCUGGUGAUUUUGCCAAAACUCAGGCUUCUCUAGAGGCCGCAAAAAAUAGUUUUUGGUCCACCUUCAAUACAGCAAGUCAAGAACCAGUUAAACAAGAGGAAUCGAUCGAGGAAGAGAAAAAAAAAGAAGAAGUGGACUUUUGGGCCAGCAUUGAGAAGCAGCGGGAAGAUUCACAAUGGACGAAAAAAAAGAAAACUGUGACCUAUACUCCGCUACAAAAAGAGACAGCUUCAAUGAUUGAACACUGGACCACAACUCUCAGAGCUAAGGUUGAAGCAGUGCAGGAACCUCUCAGAGCUGAAGUACAUUUUGUUAAAGAAGAAGAGCCUAAAGAAGUUGCACAGCUUAAACACGAACAACCAGUGGAAGAGGAGGAUUUUUGGGCCACCAUUGAGACAACAGACACCGCAAAAAGUAAUGGCCAUUGGGAACAAGAAGUUCAAGCCACGACCCAGCAAGAGGAUGAUAAAGACAUCGAUUUCUGGGCCGAUAUUAAAUCAUCUGCAAGCAGUAUUGAAAAUAUACCAAAUAAUUUUGAGUACGAUCCCACCAAAUAUCCUGAAGAGCCACGUGAAGUUGAUACAGAUGAGGAAAUUGAUUUCUGGGCAGAAAUCGAAGCAAAUCGUCAACCCGGUCAAGAUGAUGAUAACGAUGAUGUUACCUUCCAUAAGUCUGCGACAUUUUGGGCACGAAAAGAGCGACAAAAUUCGGUUGAAGAAACCCCAUACAAGCCAGUGGAAAUUAAACCAUUUAGAGCCAAGUUACCCGAUGAGCCAGCAGUGGAAAUUGAUGUCUGGGCCACUCUAGAGGCAGCUAAAGGGGAAGAACCCGAAAUUGUAGAUCCAGUUAUAGAAGAGGAGAAGGCUUUAGCUGAAGAGUAUGAACAAUUGGAGCACGAGAAGGAUACAAUUGAGGACGAGACUUUGCAACAGAAGACCGACAGUAAUCUUCAUCAAGUGGAUACCAUGUCAAUGGCCUCUAUGCAUGAACCAGCGCCAGUCUAUACGUGGGCGGUUCCAGCACAAUGUGAAAUGGAGCUACAGAAUGAUAACGAUGAUGAUAAUGAUGAAACUGACUUUUGGGCUGACAUUGAGGAGGAACGUGCCAAAAAAGAGCAAAUUGAGGAAGCCGAACAAAAACGUCAGAAUUAUCGAAAGGCUAUGGCUUUCUUUAACACCUCCAUAGAUGGAGGACGUCAAACUCCAACACCGGCUCAGACACCGCAAACGGAUCGGAGUAGUGUUAUUUUGGAAACAGAAGAAUCCGACGAAAUUGAUUUGGGUCCUCCUGGCGAAUACGAAUUGGUAGGCCAAGAUGGAACGAUUGUCAAAGAAGAUGCAGAAAUAGACGAAGAAGAAGAGGAACGAGGAGCUCCGACACCGACACCCACAGUUCUUAAGGAAGAACCACAACCUCCUAUGGUUUAUGUCGAACCAGAGCCACAAAUGAAGCGUCUGUCGAAUGGUCUACCCGAUCUUGAGGUGGAAAAGUUUAGUGAAAUUCCCAAAAUAUCUGUUAAAGAUAGAAUCGGAGCAUUCGAGAGUAGUCCAAGCCAAACGAAAGCCCUUACCAAUCAAUCCCUUUCGGUGGACAGUGGCCAUGGAAAGGGUACCCUAUCGCGUAAUAGCAGCACACAACGUUCCGAGUCUGAGAUCGAGGAGGAUGAUUCUGGUGUAACCGAUAUGAAUCGUCAGCUAUCGGAAACCGAUACAGAAUCGGAAAGUUUCCCCGAGUUACGUAAAAUGACUAGCUAUCAGCGAGCAGCCACACAUUCCAGACUCUUCAAGCUCCUGAAAGAUGAGAACGAUCUGCCCGAAGGUUCGACAGUAGCGCUCAACGAUGAGUUCCAAUUGAAGCCAAGCAGACGUAAGAUUGUCCACAAUGUUUCGAUUACAAGACGACAAAAUCCUCAGGCCUUAAGUGAGGCCGAGACCAUGACGCAACGUCGGGAACGUCUGUCAUUGCCUUUACGCAAGAAUACCAGCAUCGAUGCCGAUAAUCCUUCCACACCCAAUAGUCCUGCCUCACCCAUAGUGGGACCAUCGGCCAAUAGCCAGCGUGUGGUCAGCGAUAAACUGGUCAAUGAACUUGUACAGAGCCUUCUGCUCAAGAGUGAUAGUACGCAUUUGCGUAAUCUGCCCAUGGAACGCCUUCAGGCUGCUGCUAAGCGUGCCCUGGUCGAGGAAAUGGAUUCGAAUCCGGAAAUAAGCUCACUAGAUAGUACACCGGCCCCAACGCCCAAGCAGGAUAAAGAGUACACAGACUACUACAACAGUUGGAGUGAUGCAAGCGGAAAUAAUGGCGAAGAAAUUGUCCCAUCCAAGGCUUUUCGAGCUCUGCAAGAUCCCAGACGUAGCCCGUGGACAGUGCGCUGUCCCCGAGUACUUAGCUCUAAGACCAUAAACAGAGAUUUGGCUAGAGUUACAGAAUCACCAGAGAUUCUCAGUAGUCGGGGUAGCAAGAGUCCCGAAUGCUUCAGACAACAGUCACAGUCCCGAGAACGUUCGAUUAGCAGUUGGCGGAAGGUCUAGAAACUGACGAAACUGUCUGAGAUGGCAACUGUAUAUAGCAAGGGCGGGAUCUAUCUAGAUAUAAGGGCAGAUUUCUUAAUCUGCACAAUGGCAAAACGAAAUAAAAAGCGAUUCGGAUCGAAGUACAAAAUCGAAUUAAAAC